AUGAAUCUAUGGAGCACCGCUGCUCCGGCGGUGGCGAAGGGAGACGCCGCCGUGAUGGAGGCGUUCAUGUCCCCAGCUUCGGAUCCGUCUUCCUUCUGGCUCACAUCCGUUAUUGCCCCGCAGACCGCUUUCUCCGUGGCGUCCUCUCCUCCCCCUCAUCAUCCGCCGCCCGCCGGAGACCAACCGAGGACCUCCGCCGGCCGCGCCCAGUUCAUUCAGGAAACCCUCCAGAAGCGCCUGCUGGCCCUGAUUGAGAGCGCUCGCGACACCUGGACCUACGCCAUCUUCUGGCAGUCCUCGACCGUUGACUACGGCGACUCGCCGGUGCUGGGCUGGAGCGACGGCUUCUACAAGGGGGAGGAGGACAAGGCCAAGCGCCGGACCUCGUCAUCCCCGUCCGAGCAGCAGCACCGGAAGAGGGUCCUCCGGGAACUCAAUUCCCUGGUCUCCGGCCCGCAGGCCGUCGCCGAAGACGCCAUCGACGAGGAGGUCACCGACACCGAGUGGUUCUUCCUCAUAUCCAUGACCCAGUCCUUCGUCUCCGGGUCCGGCAUCCCGGGCCAGGCUCUGUACUCCUCGAGCCCUGUUUGGGUCACCGGCCCCGAGAGGCUCGCCACCUCCCCCUGCAGCCGUGCCCGCCAGGCCUACGAGUUCGGCCUCCAGACCCUCGUCUGCAUACCCUCCUCCACCGGCGUCGUCGAGCUCGGCUCCACCGAGGUAAUCUUCCAGAACUCGGAUCUCACCCGGAUAGUGAAAACCCUGUUCAAUUUCAACCGACCCGAAUCCGGCCCUGCUUCCGGUCCCCCAGCCGACCACGACCCGGCCGCCCUCUGGCUCGCCGACCCCUCCUCCUCCUCCGCCACCGCCGCCACGGAUCUGAGGGAUCCACUGAAUAACACCACCACCACCGCCGCCGCCGCCACCAACAUCGGUCACCCAACCCCAAUAAUCCCCAACCCUCAAAUCGUUCAAUUAGGCGACCAAAUCCCCAAUCCCGGCGCGUUGACCCACGCUCCCCUCCCAAGCAAGGAUCUCAACUUCUCCGAAUUCGGCCUCAACUCUACCACCCCAUCCCUCCAAACCACCGGGCUCUGCAAGCCCGAAUCCGGCGAGAUACUCAACUUCAACAACCCUAACCCAAAAAAACGAUCCUCCCCCAUCACCCGAUGCAGCAUCAUCAACAACAACGAUGAAGGCAUGCUCUCCUUCACCUCCGGCGCCAUCGUCAAAAUCGACGACUGCUGCACCAUAAUCGACUCCGACCAAUCGGACAUCGAGCCCUCCAUAGCUCGUGAAGUCGAGAGCAACCUAGCCGCCGCCGCCACCACCACCGCAAUCCCCUCCCCGCCGGAGAAAAAGCCACGGAAGCGCGGCCGGAAGCCCGCCAACGGCCGGGAGGAGCCGCUCAACCACGUGGAGGCCGAACGACAGAGACGUGAGAAGCUCAACCAGAGAUUCUACGCCCUCCGAGCAGUUGUCCCCAACGUUUCGAAAAUGGACAAGGCUUCCCUUCUCGGUGACGCCAUCUCGUAUAUAAACGAACUCAAGUCGAGGCUUUUGGCGGCAGAGGCCGACAGGGAAGAACUUCGGCGAAGGCUCGAGCUUAACGGGAAUCAAGAAGUCGUUAUCUCGGGUGGCGGUGGUGGGGGGGUUGGGUUUGGGGAUGUUGAGGUUGAAGUGAAGAUCAUGGGACGGGAUGCCAUGAUUCGGGUGCAAUGUGGGAAGAGGAAUCAUCCGGCGGCUAAGUUGAUGGUGGCGCUUAGGGAGCUCGAUUUAGACGUGCAUCAUGCUAGUGUGUCGGUUGUGAACGAUAUUAUGAUACAACAAGCGACGGUUAAGAUGGAGGGUCGGUUUUUCACGCAGGAACAGCUAAAGGGGGCUCUCGUCUCAAGGUUAGGCGAGGCCCGGUGA